AUGCACGCCCUCGCCCUCGCCCUGCUCCUGCUCGCAUCACCCCUCACCCUCGUCGGGCGCGCCACCAGCCACGGCCACGCGCACGGCGGGCCCAGCCCCGACGCCAGCACGCAGCCCGCCCGCGCGUCCUUCAGCGUGCACUUCCCGUGGGCGACGCGCAAGCGGUCCGUGCCCAGCCGCACCGGGCUCGAGGCGUUCUACCCCUUCUGCGGCGAGUGGGUGCACAACCCGCAGCCGUUCUCGGGCUACAAGCGCACCUUCCUCUCUUUCUCCGGCAACGCAGGCGACCUCGUGAGCGUGCACUACACGCGCGCGCGCGUCCCGCGCAAGCGCGAGGACUUCCCGUACGCGAUCGCGGCGGACGUGCCGAUCGCGCCCUCGGGGCAGCUCUGCUUCGACGUGCAGAUGCCGACGCCGACGGUGCCCGCCGCGCAGUCCGGCACCGCGCCCGAGUAUGGCGUCUUCCUCUUCUCGGCGCGCGACCCCGCGACGAACGCGACGGCGUUCCACUGCUCGGACGUGAUGCUCGUCGACGUCGUCGAUCUCGCGCAGGAUUACCCCGCGAUGUGUGCGCGGAACAACGAGACGCUCGUCCCGAUGCCUGAGGAGUACCUGUAG